AUGAAUGUGUUUAAAGUUCCACCUAUGGUUAAAACUGUAUUUGAUGAAUUUCCAUUGAAAAAUUAUGGUCCUUUGGAAAAUGAAGAUGUAUCCUUAAGUAAAAGUAUCAAAGAUAGGAAGUUUUAUUUCCAUGGUGAGCCAUUGGCUGGCACAUCUGGAGAAAAUAGAGUGAUUUUAGGGAUAUACAAUGUGUUUGAGCAUCCAAGAACUCAUGAUGUUUUAGCAACUGAUCCGUGGUGUCUAUUUGUGCAAUUUGCACUCUGUAAGAAGAACUUAUUAAAGUUACCAAAUUUUAAUAAAAGAGUGGAAAGUCCAGAUGGGAGUAAACCAUGCAUUGGGAUAUUGUCACCAUUGACAGUUCAAGAUGAAAAAUUGCCAGUCCUGGUUGAAGGUUACAAAAAAAGAUAUAUCCGAUCAUGUUUUAACAUUAAAGCAAGUAUUGAGGCAAAGCUAUAUGAUGAUCCAGAAGAAUAUAUGUAUAUGAAUUUAUUAGACACUGUAAUUUACGAUCAUUGGAUGAUAACUGUACUUUUCAAUAUCUCUAAUGAAGAUUUUUUGAAAUUAUAUAGUGUUAAUCAAGGAAAAGUGGAUAAUUUUCAAGUUAAAGACAUGAAAAUCGCAUUACUUAAUAGGAACUCCUUUGAUGCACGUCAUCCAGAGAUCGCAUAUGCAUUUAAAUCACCAACGGGGACAUUGUGCAAUAAAUCCAAGAUAGCUAAAGUUUCCAAAUUAAUUCAAGACGAUAGUGAAAAGACAAUGUUACAAAUCCAAAACAAAAUUACUAUGAAUCAAAAUCAAAAUCAAAAGACGAGUAAUAAUAACACUAAAAGGUUAAUGUCGAAUGAGAAAGAGUCUUCGCCAUCAUAUGUAGAUCUAAAACUUUGCGGCUAUCUUCUAUGUAUUCUGAGCUUACCCGAAACGGUACCUAUCCAUAAGUUCAUCACAACCAGAUGCCCAGAUCUAAUUUCAUAUACCGAUAGUGUUUUAACUGAGUUUACAGUUGCUCGCUAA